AUGCUGUCGCUGUUGCCUUCACCGGAGCCUAAGUGUGCGAAAGCUAACGCGACAAUUAACGUGCAACCGCAUUUACCUUCGUUAGACCCAGUGCCUAUUGUGGAGUCGCGUUUGCCACCAUUAUACUCUAUAAGUAAGGAAGAAAGUUUGACACCGAACUUACAGCAGGCUGCACCAUCUCUGGAACCUCCACCGAAUGGGCAGGUGCCUUCACCAUCCUUGGAUCCUACAUCUCGCGCUCAAUCGCCCGAUGGAAACUUCAGAAGCGAGGUAGAAGAACGGGGGCGCGGCACGGCGCCAGCGUUUCUUCAAGAAUUGCAUUCAACGCUGGCACCCGCUGUCGCGCCCGGUCAAGACUGGCACCACACCUUCAUUCUCGUCCUUAAAGGCUUGGUGUUCAUCACAAUUAUCCUCGGUGCCCUCCUUGGAAACGCGCUCGUCAUCAUAUCAGUUCAUCGACACAGAAAACUACGCGUCCUCACCAAUUACUACGUCGUCAGUCUUGCCGUUGCAGACAUGUUGGUUGCGUUAUGCGCGAUGACAUUCAACGCUAGUGCUGAACUAACUAAUGCCUGGCUCUUCGGACCUUUAGUCUGUGAUAUAUUUAACUCGCUUGAUGUGUAUUUCUCGAGCGCUUCUAUAUUACACCUUUGUUGUAUAUCAGUAGACAGGUAUUAUGCCAUCGUUCGUCCUUUGGAAUAUCCUGUUACUAUGACACACAGAACUGUUUGUUUUAUGUUAGCUAACGUAUGGCUGUGGCCUGCUUUUAUUAGCUUUGUUCCAAUAUUCAUGGGGUGGUACACCACUGAACAGCAUCGACAAUAUCGGAAACAUCAUCCAGACGUUUGCGUGUUCAAAGCCAAUAUGGUGUACGCAAUCAUUUCGUCUAGUGUUUCUUUCUGGAUACCUAGCGUGGUUAUGAUUUCUAUGUACUGCAGGAUUUUCAGAGAAGCUAUUAGACAGAGAGAAGCGUUAACAAGAACUUCUUCAAACAUUCUUUUGAAUUCGGUCCACAUGAGGCAUACAGCUCACACUGCUCAUCAUUCUCACUACCUUCAUCCAGACAGAAGACCAUCGGAUAUCAGUCCCAAUUACAGCACUUUCACAGAAGUCGGUCCUGAGGAAACAGAAUUUGGUGGGGAAGUAAUGGCAUUAGGAGAUAUAUGUCCCAGUAAAGAAGCAAGUCCCAGAAAGUCUUUUAACGUCAGUUGCGAUACAGCGAGCUCUGGAUAUUGUUCUGGAGGAUCCAAUAAGAGAUCGUCAAGUGGACAACCACCUAUAGGGUGGAGGCCAAGUUGUUCAUCUGCAGCCGCUACAAAAGAUUUAGCUAAAGCAGCUACAGAACUUAAUUCGCAAGGAGCUACUCUCAGAGCCGCAGGAAAAUCCUGGCGAGCCGAACAUAAAGCGGCGCGGACGCUUGGAAUAAUCGUUGGUGCUUUUUUACUGUGUUGGUUGCCAUUCUUUUUAUGGUACGUAACGACAAACGUAUGCGGCGAGCCUUGUGAAACACCAGAUGUAGUUGUCGGAGUACUGUUCUGGAUAGGAUAUUUCAACUCAGCACUCAAUCCGCUAAUAUACGCGUAUUUUAAUCGUGACUUUCGAGACGCGUUUAAAAAUACGUUGAUGUGCACUUUGCCUUGCUGCUUUAGCUGUUGGAAAGACACUGGUGGGUCACACUUUGUGUAG